CUUGUUUACUAUUUUCAGCAUAUUUUCAGCUUGUAUUAAGGUAUUUAGCGAAUAUUUGAAGAUAUAAACAUUUGUCGUAAUUGUAGAUCUAUAAAAAAAUGCAUAAUGGUGUUCAUGUGCGUGAUUUGCAUGAUCAAACAACCGCCUUUAAUACCUCUGAGCGAAGAACACAGGCAGUUACUCCAAGUUAUUGUAUCUCCAGUUAUAAAUACGAUGGAGCUCAAAGGCUACCAAUGGCUGCACUGUGUGGACUGCAAGGUGCUGAUGCAGUCGGUUCACAAUUUCCAGCAAACGGCCCUCAAGGGUGUGAAGGCUUUUAAAUAUCUGCUGAGUAAACACAAUAAAGAGCCCGCCGCUAAACAAAGUUUAAGCUUCAAGCCGAUUCUAGAAGCAAAACCGGAGCCGAUCACAAUAAAAACUGAACCAGGAAUUGACCCGUCCUCAACCAACCAGGAAUUCCAUUCUGUUUUGGCACCUGAACAGGCAAACCCUCUGUCCGACGAAAUAUCUGUCAAAAUUGAACGUGACGUUACCAUAGAGCCUGACAACUCGGAUUCUACCAUGAGUUGUGACAAGGUCUCAGAUCCCACCAUGAGUUGUGACAAGGUCUCAGAUCCCACCAUGAGUUGUGACAGGGUCUCGGAUCCAGCCAUGAAAUGCGGCUCCACUGAGCCUUUAGAAGAAUCUGGAUCUGCAUCGUCGCUAAAUAUAAAGCACAAUAUUGUUCCACAAAGUGCCUCAAAUAGUCAAGUUCGCGUGUAUUCUAAAAAGCCGGAACCCAAAACACAAAUGUCAAAAGUAGUAACACAAAGUCCACAGCCAGCGAGAAAAGUACAGUCAGCGAGAAUUGCACCCUCAACUACUGUAAGCACAACGAUGAUUGUGACCACUAAGGAAAUGAUUGCAGAAAAUGCAGCUAAAGUUGUGCCAAAAGGAGAUAGUUUCGAGGAGUUCGAGAUGGCGAGACACAGCGUAUGGAAAGACCGUCAAAAGAAAAAGCGCGUGUCAUGCCCACAUUGCAACAAGUCUUUGAAGGACAAACGCGGACUUCUUUUGCAUACCUCUGUAAUCCAUGGCGACGGUGAGCCAGUUGCAUGUAAGACUUGCGGGAAAGUUUUUCGCAACGAUAUCGUCCUCAAAUAUCACAACUGGAGUAAACAUAUAAAGGUGACGAAUAAGGUGGACGAAUUGAACCCGGACUGGUAUUGCAAGCAGUGUGAGGUACAGUGCUAUAAUCUGAGCGCUUUCAAGCAGCAUCUGUUGGGUCUCAAGCACACGCCGCGGGAGCAAUACGCCUUCGUGUGUGAGACGUGCAGUAGAAGGUUCCCGAGCAAGAGACGGCUGCAGUCGCACAUCAACAUCGUGCAUCUCAACAUGAGACAGCAUAAGUGCUCGACGUGCGGCAAGCAGUACGCGACGCGCGCAUAUCUGCGGGGGCACAUCGCUACCGCGCACGAACACGCCCCCAAGCGCCGCCCGCACGUCUGCCAUCUCUGCGGGAAGGCAUUCACGGUCGCAAAGUCUCUGACAGAGCACUUGUUGUCCCACCAAGGAAUCCGGCCGUUCCAGUGCAAGCUCUGCCCAGCUACAUUCUCAUACUCUGCAGCGCUUUAUACCCACAACAGACUCAAACACCUCAAGAUUAAGGGGAAAAAGAAAAAAACGGGAAAGGAAGAAGAAAAAGUGGAAAAGGGAGUGGAGGGGGAAAAUGAAGCGGAAAAAGGAGGAGAGUCUAUAGAUAUUGAUCAGUUUUUCAAUGAAACGGUGUAAUACGCAAUACGCAAAAGAUAUUUUUACAAAUUUCCGACUAGAACACUUCAAGAUAAAGUGUAGUUACGAGGAAAAAUAAGGAAAACGCGGAAGAAGUGGAAAAAAGAGGGGAGGUAGUGGCAAAACUGGAAAAAGGAGUAGAUGAAACGGAAAAGAAGCUGGUUCUAUAGAUAUUGAUCAGUUUUUCAAUGAAACUUGAACGAUAA